AUGAGAAAGUCUUUGAGAAAAGUUAAAAAAUACAAAGUUGAAUUGUAUCCAGAACCUUGGAAACCCAGAGAUUAUGAAAGUAUCUAUUCAUAAAAAGUACUUGCAAGUAAGUCAUCUUCAAAAAGAAAUGCUACAGAGGAUUAGUUGAAUUCUUAAUACUGUGAAGAACCUGACCCAAUCUAAAAUUGUCAUGAUAUACAAAUGCACUCUUAUCUCCUGCAAAAUAUAAAUUCUAAAGAUCUUCUUUUAUUGAAGUACAUGCAAAAAUUUCCAGUGAGAUAGGAUAUAAAAAGAGCGAGGGAUGGCGAUGUGAAAAAUUAUCCAGAUACUCGUAAAAAUCCUAUUAAAAGAAUGAAAUUAGAGAGAGUAAUAGAAUUCUUACACCACAACAAGAGUAUUUAUUAAGAGUAUUUAGACUUCGAUAUUGAGAAAACAUCUCACAAUAAAACCUAAGACUACAAAUCUAGCAAGCAGCAAGUAUUAAAAUAAUCCUAGGGCAAUAAAUAAAAUAAAAAUGGAAGAUAGUCAGUAAGUUUUAAACUGCCCAUUGAAAGUUUUAAGAUGGAGAAAAAUUAAGACAAGAGAAAUAGUAGUCAGCAAACUAAUUAUAAGGACUAUGGCUCCUAUUAACAACAAGAUAAAAAUAUUUAUAAAUUCAGUGAUGAGCGAAUACUCGAAGAAGGCCCUGGUGAUUUUCAACCUAAUGAAAAAUAAAGGUAAAUGAUAAUACAUUUGUAGCCUCUAUAAAAACCGGAUACUACACCGUUCAAAACUAAAAGUAAUGCCAAAUUUCACAAUGAAGAAGUAAUGUCAAUGUCCUAAAAGCAAUUAUCAAUGGCAAAUUUAUAAAGUCCAAAGGAAAAAUCCCACAAUUUAGAAGAGCAAAUUCAGUCUCUAAGGAAUGUGAAGUUUUUGAUGAAUUAUAAAUCUCAAAGUAAUCAUGUUAGUCCAUUUUAGUCUUAAAAAUUCUUAGAUAAGCGUAGCUCUAACUAAAUCAAUGACAUUAAAUAAAACACAGAUUCACUACAAAAUAUAAAAUUCUAAGAUAUUAAUAAAUUUAGACAUCAUUAUCAAACUCCUUAAAUGAGCAAAAAUCUAAGGACAAGUUAUAAUAUCACAAAAAGGGAGAUACUCAGAUCUCCAGAUCUAAGUGUCAAAGAUUAAAGUUUGAGAAACAUUCAGAAUAGUUCUUCAAUAAAAGAUUAUUCAGUUAAUUAGAGAUAUGAUUCGUAACUUUAAAGCCAAAGAAGUGAGUAAAUGGAUUAAAUGCUUAGAAAGUGCGAUUUUCAAAGGAAAAACUUGAAAGCUUAAAGAUUCAAGUUAAACAAAGAAAUAAAGUAUUUCAGAUCAAGCUAUCAGAGUUGCUAACGAUAGAUAGAUCUUAAUCUAUAAAUAAAUCAUUUCAAUGCUCAGCAAGAUGACCAUUAGGCAGUAAAUUACGAAGAUGAAGAGAGGGUGGAUGAUCACAGCUUUGAUAAAAUUAAGAUUGACAACUCCUAGCUUCAAGAAGCGAAUAGAUAAAUAGAAGAAAUAAUAAAUAAUGCAAAGAUAAGAUCUGAUUUUAGAGUUGAUAGUCCUUAUACAGAAAAAUCUUAGAUAAGUGGGAGCAUUAUUCAAAAAUUGAUUUAAGAUUUUCUCUACAAAAAAAUGACAAAUAAGGCCAAAGUUAAAAAAAGAAGGAAUCUUUCUCCUGAGGAACAGGAAUAGCAAAAAGAACAGGCUGAUAGAGAAAAGUUAAAGAAAAUGGGCGAUGAUUUUGAUUAAAAGUCGUAAAUUUAGGCUAAGCUAGAUAAGAAUCUCAAGAAAAUUCCAUUUAACAGAGCAGAAUUAGAAGAAUUAAUGAGUGAUUAGAAUUUCGCUGAAAUUUAUGCAGAUUUCGAAAAGUACAGACCAAGAAUUAGUAAAGAAUCUAAUAGGGAUUAAAUACCAUUACAUCUUAGAAAGUCUAAGCUUAAAAAUAAAAAAGAUACAACUUUUAGAGAUUAUGAUCAAUUAGAUUUUCUCUUCUAGUGA